CCGAGAGUGAAGGCGCGCGCUCGGCCUCUCGGCGCUCGCUUGCCUGGGUCUGGCCAGGCUCCGCGCCGCCAGCGCAGCCGGAGUCUCGGCGCUAGCGGGACAGAGCCCGCCAGGCGGCAUGGAGGGGCCGCGGGCCGCCGCGGGCGGGGACGUCUCCUUGCACAACUUCAGCGCGAGGCUGUGGGAGCAGCUCGUCCACUUCCAUGUCAUGCGGCUGACGGACUCGCUCUUCCUGUGGGUGGGAGCCACGCCGCACCUGCGCAACCUCGCCGUGGCCAUGUGCAACCGCUACGAUUCCAUCCCCGUGUCUACCUCCCUCCUCGGAGACACUUCCGACACCACCUCCGCUGGCCUUGCGCAGCGCUUAGCCAGGAAGACCAACAAACAGGUGUUUGUCAGCUAUAACCUUCAAAACACAGACAGUAACUUCGCAUUACUGGUAGAAAACAGGAUCAAAGAAGAAAUGGAGGCUUUUCCGGAAAAGUUCUAGCAGAGUGGCAGAAGUGAGGAUUUGUAACUUAUGUACAAUGUACAUUGAAAUAAAUGGAUUGAAUUUCA